AUGGCCGCCGCCGAGCUUACCUCGAGUCAAGGCCAUGCCUUGACGAUGGCUUCACACCAAGAUGAUCUACUGGGCAAGAUAUCGGAGAUGGAGAAAUCUGUGGGCAAGAUAUCAGAGAUGGAGAAAACUCUGGGCCAACUGUUGGAUUGGUCGAAAUCAAUAACGCAGGAGCUUCGCUUACGACAACCCGGUCCACCCGUAAUGACGGAGCCGCUUCCACCUUCCACGGUGAUUGAGUACUGCAAUCCCAACCAUGAGGCUGAUGAUCUUUACCCAAGCUUGCCUGAGGAUUGGGAGCAUGCAUCAAUGACGUUAAAUCAAGGGGAAGCUAGAUCUGUAUAUUUAUUCGUGUCUUCUUAUGAGGACGAUGAGCACGCUAAUGCAGUCUAUGAAGUGAAAUUCAAACACGGAGGAGAAGUCACUCAUGAAUCCCCAGUAGUUAGACAUGUUGCCAAGUUUCGCAACGGUUCUUGCCAUGAUGCUGCACGGAUUCUCAACCACUCCAAAUUAUAUUGCGUUGGACAUGAUGGUGGAUUUAUUGUUGACAUGGAGAGUUGGUCAAAAUGUUCAUCUAUUCCUCCUAUCCCAGCCUCUAAAUCACUAGAAACUAUUGUGAGCGCAUAUGGCAAGGUUUAUUAUCUUGCACGUCCAUCAACCUUCUUAUCACCAGUAAUGGGGCCCUCCUUUGGGAGAUAUGAUCAUGAUCAGAAGAUUUGGAAGCAAAUGACUCCUUUUCCAUUUUAUGAUGAUUAUGACCCCCUGUUGCAAAUAACUGGUUAUGCUGUUUGUUAUGGUGUUAUUUUGUUUUCAUUGUCUGGCUUGAGGAACGGGAAAUUCGGUGUCGUUGCUUUUCAUGUAGGUAGAAAGGAUUGGAAUCGAGUGAAAGUUGACAUUUCUGCUUAUUGUGCUCCUCCAUUCCAAGGGAGGGCCGUGGUUGUAGACGAGACUAUCUAUGCCUUAUAUGGGGAUUCAAAGAUUAUAGCAUUCUCCUUUACUAUGGUCAAAGAUGAUGAUAAUGGUAUUCAUUAUUCCCUAAGACAGCUUUUUAUAUUGCAAGGCCUUGAGUUCGAGCGUCCGGUGCUGCCAUGUUUUAACGAUAGGUCACAGUAUUUGGUUCAUUUGGGGAACCAUGACUUUUUCCAUGUCCAGACUGGUUGGUGCGAUGGAUAUCUCAAGGUUCAAUAUCUUAGUAUCACCACGUUUCAAAUUGUUGUUGGAGAAGGAGGAAGACAUAUGAUCAAGACCAUAUAUUCAACCCUUCAUUCUGUGGAUAUCAAGGGCUCUGAAUGGUUUGAUCUUGUUUUUUGCUUCACACCGUAA